GAGGACUUCUGUCGGACCCAGGUGAGAAAGGCCCACCUGAGUCUUGGGUCUUGGUUCUCCCGAGGGUCUCCCCGGGUUCUUUGGGGCCAGAGGAAUCUUGAAACCAUGUAUCACCCACAUAUGCUUUGAGACAUUCUUUAGAUUUCUUCCUGGAAGCCCUACAACUACCCUAAAAGUGAAUGUAUUAUAGAACAGACGUAUGAGGUUGGAGCAUGGAGCAGCAAGUUCCAACUAGUAACGGUCUUUUGGGCCAAUGGUGGCAGAGUCUACAUAGAACUAUGCUUCGUGGUGUUCUGGGAAAAACCUUCCGACUUGUUGGCUAUACUAUUCAGUAUGGCUGUAUAGCCCAUUGUGCUUUUGAAUACGUUGGUGGUGUUGUAAUGUGUUCUGGACCAUCAAUGGAGCCAACAAUUCAAAAUUCAGAUAUUGUCUUUGCAGAAAAUGUUAGCCGACAUUUUUAUGGUAUCCAAAGAGGUGACAUUGUGAUUGCAAAAAGCCCGAGUGAUCCAAAAUCAAAUAUUUGUAAAAGAGUAAUUGGUUUGGAAGGAGACAAAAUCCUCACCACUAGUCCAUCAGAUUUCUUUAAAAGCCAUAUUUAUGUGCCAACAGGUCAUGUUUGGUUAGAAGGUGAUAAUUUACAGAAUUCUACAGAUUCCAGGUAUUAUGGACCUAUUCCAUAUGGACUAAUAAGAGGACGAAUCUUCUUUAAGAUCUGGCCUCUGAGUGAUUUUGGAUUUCUACGAGACAGCCCAAAUGGCCACAGAUUUUCUGAUAAUUAGCAAGCAUUUAUUCUUUUGACUUGAUUAUUGUUUCCUGUUCAAGUGAAUUUAUUACUGCAGUUGAAACCAUGUACUUAACCAAUAAACUAUUUGCUGUUCAGUUUUA